AUGGAUCCCAUAUCGAUACAUACUCAAGUCCAAAUAUGGAGUGCAAAGGCAGGAAUGUCUAAGUCAAGAAGGGCAUUAAUUGAAACAUUAGUAGGAAGAAAGGGAAUUAAACUUGUUCUUCAUUUCAGCACUGGAAAGACUAAAUGUUUGCAACUACAGAAUAAUAUUAGAAGUGUGGUUCUUAGAACCUAUGGCGAAGACCAGAAUUACAUACAUUUAACUUUUAAAAAUAAUGACUUCUUGUUUAUUGAGAAACUAACCAGCUUAGAUGCCAAACGACUGAAGAAAUUCCUAGACAGAAUCUAUCAAAAAAAAUUUCAAGCAUCCAGGAGAUAUGAUGAGGGACGUGCUGGCAGUACUAGCACAAGCACAGGGGAGCUUGAUGGCUCUUCCUCACUGGCAGUUCAUCCAAAAGCAAGCCUGGAAAAAGCCAAAGAACGUCAUGAUUUGCCUUUGCCUUCAGCAGCAGCAGCCAUACCUGGUAGUGCAGAGUUAUUAGAGAAACAACAUGUAAAGAGGAAGCGAUUUUUACCUGAAUCAGAAAAGAAGGAAAAGGAGAACAUCCCGAAGGGUAGCAAGAAAUUUGAGACAAAGGUAGUGGUGUCUGGAUGUGUUGAUAAAGGGGAAGAAACAAGUGUAAGAGAGGCAGACCAGAGUACGUCAGGAUUAGAAUAUUCAUUUGUGACUCAAGGUCCUGAAGAGACUAACUUGGAUGUUAUAGAUCUUCAUGAUCUCAUUGCAAAAUUAUUUUCACCAUUUCUUUUGGAACCACACCAUAUUAAGAAAGGCAUAAAGUGGCACGAGUAUAUGAAGAUACUCUUACUGUGCCCAGAGAAAUCAUGGCAAGGUCUGCCUAAUGUGGGCAACACCUGUUAUAUAAAUGUGGUAUUACAGUCUCUAUGCUCCGUCCCACUGUUUGUUAAUGAUUUAUUCAAUCAAGGUUUCCCAUGGAUUAAACCUCCCAGAGAUGAUUUUAACAUGCGCUUGAUGCAACUGCUUGUUUUGAAAGAUAUUUACAACCUGAAAACUAGGGAGCAGUUACUUCACAGUAUCACAAAAGCUCUCCCAGCAUAUGGAGAAAUAUUCGCUGCCUACAAGCAGAAUGAUGCUCAUGAGUUUCUAAAUCUCUGUUUAGUUCAGUUGAAGGAAACCGUACAAAAAUUAACCAUAAUGUGGCAAUCUGAAAAUGGAUCAGGAGGAAAUAAUUUACUUAGACAGCUUUUUGCUAACCAUACUGUUAUCAAUAGAACACCUGUUUGUCCUGUGGCCAAUAAUUUUGAAUUUGAGUUGCUGAGCUCUAUUUUUUGUAAAGCCUGUGGCCUGACGGUUUUCAAGCAAGAACCAAGUAGUUUUCUCUCUAUCAACAUUCCUCAAGGAAAGAAAGACCAAAAAUUGUCUAUCCAGUCAAGUUUUGAUCUUUUCUUUAGAGCAGAAGAGGUUGAGCAUAGAUGUGAAAGAUGUAUGCACAACAGAUCUAUUGCACUGCAUAAGUUUUCCCAGCUACCCAGGGUUAUUAUAAUUCAUCUUAAACGCUAUAGCUUUGAUGAGUCACUGGUAAUGAAGAAGGAUGAGCAGCAUAUCAUUAUUCCCAAAUAUUUAAGGCUGUCUUAUCAUUGCAAUAAAAUCACAAAACCACCUCAUCCUCUUAGCCAAAAUGCACAUGUUAAGGAUCUUGAACUAUUAAAACCCCUUGAAGAGUUGGGUUUUGAAAUACUCAGAUUGUCAUUUAAUUUAUUGAUGACCUCAAGAACCAAGGGUUUCUCAACUGAAAGCAUUAGAUCAGACAAGGAGUCAGAAGCACCAAGUGUAAGGAAAGCCCUGAAAUUGUUUAGUGAAAAGGUGGAGACAAAAGAUCCGACAGAAGGUGCCACAACAAAUGUACCUGGGUCAGAACAAGUCAAGAAGCAAGACAAAGAAAAUGUAUUUAGUAAUUUAGAUUCAGGUAGUAUCAAUGAGGCUACUAGAAAUAUUGACCUCCGAAUUCCAGAAAGAUCCCAAGAGUACGAACAGGCCCAGAAAUGUAUUAAAGACACAAGUGAUAAGCAGACCUCCCAAGGGACACUUACUGAAACCCAUCCAGAUUUAAGCUCCCAGGAACAGACAGAGAACCUUGGAAAACCUACAGAAUCAUAUACCGAGGACGAAAAUCUGGAUUCACAGGCCUCGGUAGAUUCCAGUAAGACCCCAGGAAACAUAAAUGUUUUAGAUAAGGAAAAGCCUACUGGCAUGGAGGAACCGCAAACGCCUACUAAAAAAGAAGAACAUGUUUACAGGCUCCUUAAUAUUAUUAACCAUAUUGGGAGCAGUCCCAAUGAAGGCCACUAUAUCAAUGAUGCCUUUGACUUCAAGAGGCGGGGUUGGUUUUCUUUCAGUGAUCAAAAGGUGACAAGUGUACGAGAGGACUUUGUACAUAAGGCUAGGCUCUCCACUGGAUAUGUUUUCUUUUACAUGCACAAUGAUAUCUUUGAAGAGCUCUUGGCAAGGGAAGCUCAGUCUUCCAGCACGUUGAAGGAGCAAUAA